GUCCUGUCUUUACCGUUCCUCGGAAUAUCUCCACUACUGUACUACCCGGGUGAAUCUGGAAACUGACCGGUUGUCGUCGAUGCGGGAUAUCGUCAAGUUGUGCUCCGGUCUCAUGACAAGAUGGGGGUCGACCCGUUGUCUCCCAUUGCGCCUGUGCGCCUGAGGGCGCUUUUGCUGCCAAUUGGAAAGAUCAGGCGCUCGCGUUUCCUGAGCUUCGCCGCCAGACUUCAAGCUGAGAAUGUGGUGCGGUUAGGGGACAUCAGUCCGGAUGCUCGGCCAAACCGAAAUAUGUUCUCUCCGCUAGCGUUUCCCACCGGAAUGAUUCUCUAUGAUCUGUCCUUCUCCGUUCCCCCCACUUCGCACCUGGAGUUGUUCCCAUUCGAUAUAUACAGAGAGCCACUGGUGAUUAUUGCGAUCGCUGAUGGGACGGAACUGCCUCGAAGCUCCGAUGAAAAGCAGAAGCACCCCACACCGGAGGGUCUUGAUCAAUUACUGGAGGAACUGGAUGAGGCGAAGGAGAGGAACCCACGAGCACUGGUGAACCAACUUCUGGUCUUUGACUAUGAUGGCCUCGAGAAGCUCACGAACGGACCGGAUAAUGUACUUUGGAUCCCUCGCCCGCAGGCCUCCAAAGCCACCACUAUGAAGACGGUUCUGUGUGAUAUUACGUCGGUGUUGCUUUCGGAGCUGGACGAGUUUGCCAAAAUCAUUCAAAGCAUACCGUCAAUUGAAUCACCUAAGGUCUCAUCGUGGGGACCUCAUCGCAAUCCAGAACUACGACCUCGGCCGGUGGACCGCUUACUGAACCGCAUGACACUACCAGCACAUAUGCCAUCCAAUCCCAAUGGCGGUGCACCGGAAACCCCUCUGAGCUCAAAUGCCAGCUCGCCAGCUCCGAGUGAGGAGACUCCGACAACAUUUGAUGAAAUCACCCGAUCGAUUCAUCUGUCCCGUACCAAUUCUGGGGCCAGGAGCCCUUCGAUAGCUUCGCCCAAAGAACAUAGUCGAGAUCGAAUGUCUGUCAGCGGAUUGAGUGCUACUGACAGGACUAAGAAUCGCAUCAAGGGCCGGGCUGGGGUAGUUAUUGGCACCCUUUUCCUGCAGGCAGGAAGGUGGCCAGAUGCCCUGAAGGAGCUGAUAGAAGCGACGAACAACGCUCGAGCGGGUAGUGAUUAUAUCUGGCAUGGCAAAGCACUGGAGUCCAUUCUUCUUUGCCUUCUGAUGAUGGGGUGGGCAGGCAUGGAUUUUACAAUUCCUUCUGUCCUUUAUCCUGUGGCCGACAAGUCUUCUAAAUUGCAACGGGACUCUACUGCUUCUCCAGCCCCCGCCGGAAAUCGCAUUGUUUCCCUCCAAAAUCUGGCCAACCUGUUGCCGGACCUUGCCAAUACCAUAUUGAAUCUCUAUAAUCGCGCCGCCAACAUCACCGAUGAACCGCUACCUCAACUGCUUUUUUCUGAGACUGUCAUUCGACUAUCCAGGCUCUUGGUUGCAGCUCGCAUUCGAGACGGUGCUCUCGAUGAUAACGCUCUCAAACACAUCGUGAUGAACGAGCCCCUAAUUCCUCUCCACCAACAGGAGCUCCCGCGCGGCACAGUCUUGCUUCGGAAGUCUGAAAUCGCAAGCUUCUUGUUCCGAGCUCUUCCACUUGCCGCCAGCGCAGACCUGCCUGCUACCGAUGCUGUGCCUAUUAUUGUUGGAGUCGUUUCCGUUCUUAAUGCUUUGGAUCUUCCGCGGAAGAAGGCCUUCCUCAUGCGAGAGCUUCUCGCUGUCAUGGUACCUAGUCUGGUACAAGCACGAAAGAUUGGCGCCGCAGAGGUGGGCAUUCACCCCGCCGCCGGCCUUGCGUCCCUUACUGAUACCGCGUUUGAUGUCAAUGCUCUCGACGUGGGUCCGGGGAACACGGAAGCUAGUGUACGCCAUCUUCUUGCUACAGUGGGCGAGAUCUACGGAGCCCAACCCUCGGCAUUUUACGAGUGGGAGAAGCGCCAGAGCUACUCAUCUGCUCCUGGUGAAUGUCCGGAGUACGACUCGGUUGCCGGUAUCGCAGAACGGUCUUUUCGGCAUGUCGUGUUGGAUCGAUAUGGUGAUCUCAACUUGAAGAUUGAUGUUCUAAAAGCGUGCAUCAACUGCUGUGAAGCGCUUCCUGACUUUGAUGGUGUACUUCGAUUUACGGUUGAGCUUUUGCAAACCAUCCGAGGCGAUUUGAUGCUGACCGAGCACAAGAAAAUGCCGCCGUACCUGCCACCAGACGAGCAAGUGCGUCUCUUGAACAACAUCAAGCGGACUGUUGGAGCCGCUAACCGGCUGGGAGCAUCAAACAUGGCUGCAGAGUAUUGGGACGACUUUCUCGUGCGUGAUGUCCAAUUGCUUGCGUUGCCAGAUCCCAGACGGCCCGUUCGCCGAUCCAAGACCGAGCUAGACGCUGUCACCACGAAAUCUCAGAAGUCGAAAAAAGACCCAUUCCUUUACAAUCCUUUUGCAAAGCCCAGCAGCAAGGCUUUGGAGAUGCUCGCGGUGACUGAUGAGGCUGCUUCAUUCCGAAUUACCCUCCAGAAUCCGUAUGAGUUUGAAAUUGACAUCGACCUUCUGCGGCUGGAAAGCGAAGGAGUCGCCUUUGAAGCUGUGGCGGAAAAUAUCAUCCUUCCUCCGCUUUCUUUGCAGGAUGUCAUUCUCCUUGGAACCGCUCACGAGGAAGGAAACCUCAACAUUACCGGAUGCAUUGUUCAAGUACAGAACUGCAGGAUGCGCAGAUUCCCUAUUUUCAAGUCAUUCUGGAAACCCGAGCCCGAGGUCAAGUUCAAACGUACAGGGUUGGCAUCGAAGAGGCCUCUCAAUGACCGUCCGGUGUCCUGGAGCUCAACCACGUCGAAAGAUGGAAAGAUUGAGGCUAAGAAGGGUCCUGAGACGGCGACAUGCCAGGUCAAGGUCAUCGGCAAACAGCCAUCUCUUGUGAUUGAGUCCAUGUCACUAUCACAGUCGGCUUUGAUGGUUCUCGAAGGAGAAAUUAAAUCAUUCACAAUCACGCUUCAAAACACUUCCUCUUGCCCCGUGGAUUUUGUCUUGUUUACCUUCCAAGACUCUACCACCAAGCAGCUUCAAACGGCUCUGAGGAACAAAGACUUGCUGCCGGUUGAGAUUUAUGAGUUGGAACUCAAGCUUGCCACUCAGCCGGCCCUGCGAUGGCGCCGCGAGGGACCUGACACUAGCGACUGCUCGAUUGCAGCCAAAGACAAGGCCACAUUCACCGUCGAUGUGCUGGGUAAGCCCGGCUUGCAAGACACGACGGUGCAGAUCGACUACUCAUGUCUGGGAGCUAAGCAGGCAGACCUUCCUGAUGUAUUCUACACUCGGCAAUUGUUUGUUCCGCUGACAGUCACGGUCAACGCGAGCGUGGAAGUUGCUCGUUGUGAUAUUCUUCCAUUCAGCGGCGAUUUCGCUUGGAAGAAUAACAUCGAUGCGCCGUCCGACGCACCCCAAGAUCCGAAUUCACCUCUGUCUACAACAGACCAUGAUCCGUUUUCUCAAGUACUUGCUCGUCUCGGCAAUGGUGCCUAUGGACCCGACCACUGUGUGGUUCUUCUCGAUCUUCGCAAUGCGUGGCCAAGCCCGCUGUCCGUGUGGCUACGAGUUAGUGAAUAUUCCAUCACCGAUAUUUCAUCUCCUCAGUCGCCUAAAUCGCCCACCACCAAUAACAAUGGCCGCUACUCUGUCGACGGGAAUCUCCAGCCAGGCCAGGUCUCACGCUUUGUCCUCGUGCUCCCCCGCGUGUACCUAGAUAACCCACACGCAGCCAUCCCAGUCGUGAACACAGGUACCAGACGCCAAUUCGUCGUCAGCGCCAACAAGCUCUCCUUCGAAGCCGAAGCAGCCUCGCGAGAAGCCUUCUGGUUCCGCGAAGAACUUCUUAAACGCGUCCUGGGAGGUUGGAGCGAACCCACCUCAGGCCGCGAGGGAACAAUCGAUCUCCGAAACAUCCGUCUGAAUACCCGCAUGGUUGAAGCCAUGCGUCUGGAAGAUGUCGAAAUGACCUUCUCUCUCUCCUCGCCUGCUAUCCCUGAGCAAGACUCUCCCAUCGUCCAAACCGGCCGCUCUCGUUUCCGCGCUAAGACAGACGACCUCUUGACACUGUCCGUGAAGAUCUGCAACCGCUCAUCUCGCCCCAUCCACCCUCUCCUCCGACUCCAACCUAGCUUGCGACACCAGCCUAGUAACAUCGCGUUGGAUCUCACCCGCCGAUUAGCGUGGACUGGCAUGCUACAGCAGUCCCUCCCAAUCCUGCACAGUGGCGAGUCUACACAGGCUACCAUCGGCGUGACGGUGCUAUGUCGCGGAGAAUACGAGAUCGGAGCAAGCAUCGAGGAAGUACGCCUGCUGCGCUCAUUCGACGAGCACAAGGGAAGCGAAGACGAGGCUAGUCGCCAUCACGACGGCAUUAGGGAUACCUUUGGUGCGGAUGUGGUGCGGCGACGACGCAUCUGGCAUGCGAAGGAGAAUUGUGUCAUACAUGCUCAUGAUUAA